GAAAAGGAAGCGACCCGAGAGAACGAGAGCGAGAGCGAGAGAGAAAGGUCCGUGCGGGCCUAUGGACGUCGCCUGGUGAAUUGGAUGCGUCCGUUGCAGGAAGAGAGGCGCGUGGGCUCUGCGGCUCUGUGGGGCGACCAGCCCCGGGAGCGCCUUCCUGCUCCUCCUCGCCGCCGCCGCCGCCGCCUGGCGCAACUUUGAGGAAAGCAAAGAAACUCCUCAUCGCCUCCGUUUUCCCUUUAUGGGGAUUUUUUGAAAGGGGAAAAAAAAACACAAACAAACACCAAAAACUUUGAAAAGACACCAAAACGGGCACAGGAGCUGCCUGGGGCGCCUCUCACAUUUCAGAGCAGAGGCACAAAACAUGGAAAAGAGCUUGGAAGGCUCAGGUAAAGUCCCACGCAUUGUCCAGGUGAUGUAUUUUAAAGGGAUGCCAAGGCAGAUGAAUCAACAGCCGGAAGUGGGCUUACCCCAGCAGUGGGAAGCCCAGUGGCAGGAAUUUCUGAACACGCUGCAACCCCCUGCUCACGCGGGCUGGGGAAACCUCCAACUCACCGAUACGGUGCCCUGGGAUGACACGUGUGCGUUUCUGGCGGCCUUUGAGCAAGUGGCCGAAGCUUGCCAGUGGCCCCGCGAAGAAUGGGUGCGCCAGCUGCUGCCAGCCUUGCGGGGAGGCAUGGAGCAAUCCUUCUGCAGACUGGACCCCCGGGACAGGGGCGAUUACAUGAAGGUGAAGGCCGCCAUCCUGCGAGCGGAUGCUCUCCGCAUGGAGAUGAAACGCCAGCAUUUCCGCCAGUGCUGCUACCAGGAGCUGGAAGGGCCUCGCAGGGUGUACGGCCAACUCCAGGACCUUUGCCGCCAGUGGUUGAAGCCCGAGAAGCACACCAAGGAGCAGAUCCUAGAGAUGAUCAUCCAAGAACAGCUUCUGGGAAUGCUGCCCGCUGAAGUCCAGAACUGGGUGCGGGAGUGCGGGCCAAAGGACUGCAUCGAGAUGGUCGCGUUGGCAGAGGAUUUCCUGACGGGUCACCGUCACCCGCCCAGGUCCUGCGACUGGCAGGUUCCUUUGCCAGAGGUCCCAGCUAGUUCCUCGGAGUUGGAAGGGAGGCAGAGACAGCACCACCCCGGAGCCAGUGAAGCUACAUCCACAAGGAACUCGGUCUUAGCCCACUCAUCAGCUGGACUGGAAAUGGCUGGGACUGGAACCACCCAGCAGCCUGUACGUGUGAAGGAGGAGUUGGGUCUUGACGAGAAGCCCAUACACUGGGAAGUCAUGCAAGAGAGGGGCAGCAGCUCCAGUGCUUUGGAAGGACUCCUGGUUCCUACACCUGAACUCAUCUCCCAAGCUGAUCAACCACAAGCCACCUUCCAGGAAAGGCCUGAACACAGGGACCCAAUUCCUGACACCCUCUUUGGUAGAAGAAUCAUAGGUGAGAUCAGAAUUGAGACUUUUCAGCAGGCCAUUUCAGAGGCAGAAGACGACUUUGGGACGCUGCACGGAGAAGAAUCCUCAGGCACCGUUCCCUUGAAUCCCGAGUCUUCCCCCCUGGAUCCUGAGAAACAGCUGGGUGCAAGGAAACCGGAAGAGGUGCGGAAGAGGAAAUGCGCCCGACGUCGAAGAAGAGCCUGUAAGAAAAAAGGCAAACGUUACCCGCUGGAGAGGAAGUACACCUGUCUUGAGUGCGGGCACAAAGCUUACUAUUACUCAGAGUUGCUAAGACACAUGAAAAGCCACGCAGCAAAAGAGUUGCAUGAGUGUCUUGAGUGUGGGAAAACAUACCGGGACAGGCCAUGUUUCGAGAAUCACUUGAGGAGCCACUUACCGCUGGAUGAUCCCAACAGACGCAUGGAAAGAGCCAGGACGAGAAACUCCAGCUGUCAAAUGAAAGAGGAGUACACGUGCUUUAAAUGCGGAAUCGUUAAAAGUAGCCCGUCGGGCCUUGCUGAACACAUGAAAGUCCACACGGAGGAGAGACCGUACGAAUGUCCUGAGUGUGGCAAAUUGUUCAAGUGGCCGUCCAACUUGUCUCGGCAUCGGGGUCUCCACACCUCCAGGAGGUUUUCCUCGCGACAGUUUAUGCGCCGAGGUACCAAUGAAUCUAAUAAGGGCCACAGCAAUUCUACGCAGGAAUUGCUAGGAGCGCGCUCCACAGUUUUGCUGAGUGCUGUCAGCGAUUCUGACCCCGUUUCAAGGCCACAUCCGAAUGGGCUGAAAACCUUAAAAGUGAUGCUGAAGAAACUCCCAAGCCCUCAGAAAGGGCAAUACAAGGGCCCCGAUGGUGACCGUAGAGUUCCCGAGUUUUCCAAAACCAUUAAAGACAGGACAGCCCACCCGGGAGAGAGGUCCUACGAUUGCUCUGAUUGUGGGAAAGCCUUCAGAAAGCCGUAUCAUCUUUAUCGGCAUCAGAACGGCAUUGCAUGUCGUAAACCGAGGCCCAUUAUUUGCGAUGCCAUUUUUGCAGAGGAGAAAAUUGCCUGUAGAGGGGAGGAAGAAUCCAGAAGUGCGACUCUUCUGCCGGAAAACAUCAAAUUGGAAGACGAGGACGGAGCCUAUCCAGCUUGCAACGAUCAACCUUCUCUGAGGGGCUAUCUGAAGACAGAACAAAGAGAGGGCAAUGCUGCUGGGAACGAGGCCUCCGAACAUCCGAACACCAAAAUGCAUUCCUGCACAAAAUGCGGAUACCAAACGGAAAAAUUGUCAGACAUUCUUAAACAUUUCAGAAACCACAACAAGGAAAAACCUUACAAAUGUCUGGACUGUGGGAAGUGCUUCAGGUGGUUCUCAACCCUCAUAAAACAUCAGCAGACCCACGUAGCCAGUCCGCAACCGCCCGUUAUUGCCGAAUGCGAUGUGACACUUAGCGAUGAUGAGGAGUUGAUUAACAUCUUAGCGAAGAAGCCUCCCCGGCAAGAAGCGGGUAUGCGGAACUUUCUAGAGAGGCCCUCCAAACGCUCUCCGGGUGCCGUUUGUCCAGCCCCCAAGUCUUCCAGGGUGGAGGCCUCGCCUGCAAUUCGCUCCAGGGAGCAGAACGGGAAAGGCAAAGCCGCUCGUCACAGAAAGAAUACGAAGAAAACCCGAUAUGAAGGUCUCGAGAAGAAACACGAGUGCCUCGAUUGUGGGCAUCGCACCUAUUUCCUGUCCGAUCUCGUGCGGCACAAGAGGGCUCACCCGAACGAUACGCCCUACAGGUGCCCCGAGUGUGAGAAGCUCUUCGUCCAGCCCUCCUUCCUCAAACUUCAUCUGAAAACACACAAGGUGGAGGGGAAGUCGGUGAAGACGAAAAAAGCCCCCCAGGGAGAGAGGAAGUACACCUGCUCAAAGUGCGGACACAAAACGUACAAAUUGUCCACUCACCUCUUGCACAUGAGAGCCCACGUGAACGAAAAGGAGAGAGCUUACAUAUGCGAUGAGUGCGGCAAAGGUUUCAAGUGGAGCUCCAAUCUUUCCCGGCACAAGCGGAUCCACGCACUCAACGAAGGCUUUAAGAUCAGGAGGCCCUCCUUCACCAGGCAUUUCGAGAUAAACAGAGAUGAUGAGACCCCGAAGAAAACCGGUCGAGUCCGGCUGAAGAAAAUAAGAGGCCGAUUUCAGGCAUCAACCGCCUCAGAAAUGGAGGCAUUGCGCGAGCAUUGGCGCAAUUACAAGCGUCAGCAAAGGAAAAAGGCAACCGAGAAACCCCAGAAAACGGAAGAGAAGGAAGAGAAAGAAAGAAGGAAGGAAGAGAAAGAAAACGUCACCGAGAAGGAAGUGAAGGAAGAGGAAGAAAGUAGAAAUGAAGAGAAAGAAAACGUCGCUGAGAAGGAAGUGAAAGAGAAAAUUGUUGUUCCAGAAUUAUCACUCCGGGCCCGGCUAGAAAAAUUUGCUUAUUCUAAAAGUAGAGGAAAAGCGCCUAGCCAGGAAGUAGCAGCAUCAGAUCCAAAAGUCUCAGCAAAGGAACCGCUGCAUCAUGAAUGUACUGUGUGUGGGAAGAACUUCACCUACGACGGUCACCUUGCCGAGCAUCAGAACCUGCACACCGAAGCGAAACCUCACAGAUGCCAGGAAUGCCAGAAAUGAUUUCCUAAGAGAGAAGAGUAAGUUGGCCAGUUUGAGUUACGCACAUGCUUGCACAGUGAACAUCGCUCGUGAAACAAGAUAGCACCUCAAGACCCCGUUGGACCUCUCCUCCGAUGAAUCCUCUCCCUUCGGGCAGCAGAGAAGGUCAACUUGGUGGACCUGCCUGCCAGCACGGUUGGAUCUGCAGUGACGAGCAGCCUCCAAACAAGAAGUUGAUGCUGCUUGACUUCUGCAGAUCAAACACCCAGCAACAGUAAACUGUCUUGUUUUCGGGCGAGCUGCUGACUCUACCGUCUUCUUAACAAUUGUCUCUCCCCCCUGGUCUUGGGUGUUGACGUCCUUUUGAGCAUUUGGGAACUUCAGAAACGUUCUCCGGAGACUGGAGAACAUUGUAGUGUAGGAAGGGGGUCGGUCUGUUCUCUGCUGUCAGCCAAUAGGAUAACUAUUUCAGAUAAACGCAUCCGUUUUUCCAAGGUUUUUGUCCCCUUCUGCGUUGCAUAACCCUUCUUGGUCUCUACUCCUCGUCAGGAAGAGAAUUCACGUCGUCCCAUCACAAGUCUGUUUCUCCUCUUCACGGCAGAAUUCAAAACUCACUUUGACUUCAUAGACACUUCAAGAAAAGGCUUGGAAUGAGCCGUGAAUUACAAUAAUUGUUUAGUAUUUAAAAAGGUGAACAGCUUUUUUUAAGAAAUUUAAUUUUGUGUCAUAAUAGACUUUUCAUGUUUUGUGUCUUAGGUUCCCCGUUAAGCGAUGCCACAUGAUUCCAUGUCAAGUGUGAGUGGGACAGCUAUCUAAAAUAUACAGUGUUAAAAAAUUUAACUUUUUUUCCCCUCCACUUAAUCCAAAGUAAGGAAAAAAAGCGAAAAGUCCAAGAAAGUAAGAAGCGGGGAAUGAUGGAGUUGUAUUAUUAAUAUGCCCACCCAAGAAAUGGUAAAAGGGACACUGUAAUUGUUGAGCAUAAAUCUCGGCUUGGUUCUCUCUGUCCUGACUUUGUUACACAACCCAAAGACUAGUUAAGACUAAGAUAGGCUUGCCCUGAGGUAUGUUAUUAAGUGGGCAUGUCUCACUCUUAAAGGACCACCUCUUGGUAAAUACACUCCAAAUAAAAUCUUUCACAGGCUUCACCUAGUGUGGAAUUGAGUGCGACAUUGGAGGAUUGUGGCUGUGAGACUAUUUCAGCUUGGGCAAAGGCCUUCGGCCUUUUAUCUUUCUACAACAGCCUCACCUGAGCAGAAACAAGACUUCCAGCUUCCUCAUCUUUAUUUUAAUCUGCACUCGGUGUUUCUGCCAAGGUCAGUGGCUGUUUUUAGCAGAUGCUAAUGCUCUUCUCCUACACAGAAAGAUCUAUGCUUUUUUCCCUUUCCCAAGUAGCUUAAAGUCUGAAGAGCAAGCAAACCAGCCCCAGUUGGUAUUACCGGCUCAGCUCAUGGCUUGGAUGUAGUCACCAAGUCCUACAAGAAAACAGUCAAAAGAGCUGAGUGGGUUGAGUUGUCAAGGGGAAAGAUUGAAAGAAUCCAGAGGAGGAAUGGCAGAGAGCCAGUUUGGGGCAAAACAUUAGGGGGGAAAGCUUUAAAAAAAAAUACUUUGGGGCAGCGAAGUAGACUGUCUUGAAAAAUACAGCUCCUUGCUGCGAUCUGUCAAGAGCAGCCUAAUUGUAAAAAUGCACAAGAUUGAGUAGGACGGGGAUUGAUUUAGAACAGGGGUUCUCAACCUUGGCAACUUUAAGACUUGUGGACUUCAAUUCCCAGAAUUCCUCAGCCAGCUUUGAUUUAGAAGGACAGCCACUUUAAGUCAUAACUGCUUGACUGGAUUUUUAAUUCAGAUUUGCAGCUCCAGACAUUUUCCUGUUUUAGCUAUCCUCGGCUUCUUCCCUCCCCCCUUCAAUUUUUUAAAACUAUUCUCACUGUAAUACAAGAAUCGAGCCUUCCUCGUUUUUUUUUUAAACUUUGAUUUUUUUUUUUAAUGGGUGUCAAUAACAAGCAGAUCGUAAAACACUAAGCCUGGUUGGAUCUAGUUAGUACAUGGAAGAGAGACUGUUAGGAAAUCUCAGGGUUGUAAUUUAGGCUGGGGAAAGGAUGAAAAAAAGUCUCCAAUACAGGAAGAUUUCAGAGAGCAGAAAAAAAUCGGGGGGGGGGGGAAUGGACUGUUGAUUUGUGUAGCCCAGCAGUCUGUUUCUCAUAACUGGCUGUUUCUAGGAAACCCAUCCAACAAGCCAUGAGGCCUAGAAGUAGGUUUCUACUGUCCCUGAGCCCUGAAGCUACUGAGGUGCACGGGUAUCCUACCUCUUCACGUGGAGGUUCUGCUUUUCGCCUGAUGGCCGACAUUACAAAUAUUGAGAGACAAGAAGAAUCACUUGACCAAGUUUGUUUUUCAUGAUUCUGGGAAGAUGGUAAAACCCAUCCUAAUCCGGGCAAUUCUCAGUCCGUUUAAUGCAAAAUUUCCCAACCUUGCAACUUUAAGACAUGUGGACUCCAGUUCCCAGAAUCCCUCUGUACUAUGCUGGCUGGGGAAUUCUGGGAGUUGAAAUCCGUACAUCUUAAAAGUUGCCAAGGUUGGAGGACCCUGGUAUAAUGGGAGCUGCUACUGGGUGAGAUCAGGACUGGAGUUACUAGCUUAUGCAAUUCCUUUUAAAAAAUGGUUGGAGAAUUACUAGCUUUGAAUGGAAACCGGGGGGGGGAGGGGAAUACGAUGUAGUAGGAGUCACAAUCCUGUUUGCUUGUAUAUUGUGACAGAUUCGGGAAAGCUUAUUGAUGCAUUCAACAAUAAAAAUUUUUUUGCAACUUUGAAA